AUGCGUUUCUCAGUCACCGCCACCGCGCUCUUCGCCCUCGUUGCAGCUACCCCCUCAGCCGCCAACCAAUGGACCAGCCAACUUACCAAGGACCUUCAGGGCCUGGCUUUGUCCACAAGAUCCAUCUGGGGACCUGCUGGAAUUAUCACCCGCGUUGAUGGGCCUCUAUUCGCGGACAACUUGGGCAAAUUCCCUGAAAUCGUCAGUGGAUUGAAGGCUGUUGUGAAGAAGGUCAACGAGGUGACCGCCAGCCUUCCCCAUGCCUUCCCAGGCGUUGAGUUGAAGGAUUUGUACCCAAUCGAUUGGGCGUAUGAUGAUUUCCUCAUCGACCAGCAAAUUCUCAUGAACGUCCUGAACCUGAAGUCGCACAAGUUCAGCGAUAGCAUUCCUAUCAAGGCUGAUCCUCUCAUCGCUGUUCUCAACGAGCUCGAGCCCGCUAUUAACUGCUUCGCUGAUGCCGCCAAACUCCUGUUCCUACCUGAGCCCCGUCUGUUGGAGAACAAGCGUAGCACCCUCAGCAAGACGAUCAAGGCCGUGGUCAGCAACUACAGCCAAAAGGCCCCUAAGGUGAGGCGCACUUUCACCGCCUAG